AUGGCUGAGUUAGGGAAAGGGGUCACUGCGGGGAAACUCGCAAGCAAUGUGCAGAAAAAAUUAACCAGGGCGCAGGAAAAGGUUUUGCAGAAGCUUGGUAAAGCAGAUGAGACAAAGGAUCUUGCGUUUGAGGAAGGAGUGAUCAAUUUCAACAAACAGCUGGCAGAGGGCACUAAACUGCAGAAGGAUCUGCGCGCGUAUCUGGCUGCCGUGAAAGCGAUGGCUGAGUCCUCCAAACGCUUGCAGGAUUGCCUGGUUGACAUGUAUGAGCCGGAGUGGUACGGCAAGGAUGAAGUCGACUCCGUUACAGAGGACAGUGAUCUUCUGUGGACUGACUUCCAUCAGAAAUUAGUGGAUCAUGCUUUAAUAUCCAUGGACACAUACCUGGGGCAGUUUCCUGAUAUUAAGGCCCGUAUUGCGAAGCGAGAUCGGAAGCUGGUGGACUUCGACAGUGCUAGACACACCUUUGCAUCCAUACAAAAAAGCAAGAAGAAGGUGGGGCCAGCGUCGCUGUUGGAGAGAGCCACUCCGGGAUGGGCUCAGGGGAUUUUGUCUGCACAUAAUGUCGCCCAGACAAACCUCUCUAGAAGUCAGGCAGAGGAGGAACUGGAGAGAGCCCAGAAGGUCUUUGAAGAGAUAAAUGUUGACCUUCAGGAGGAGCUGCCCUCACUGUGGAACAGUCGUGUUGGUUUCUAUGUCAACACGUUCCAGAGUGUGUCAGGUCUGGAGGAGAAAUUUCACAGAGAGAUGGGCAAGCUGAAUCAAAACCUGUACGAUGUUCUGGUUAAACUGGAGGGACAAGAUAUGUCCAGUGACUCACAGGAGAGAGCCAAUCACACCCUCAGUCCUGGGGGACCUCCAGCAAUCCCCAAAUCCCCAUCUAAGUUAAAACCAGCCGUUCCUCCUCCACCCAAGGUCACUCCAUCCAAAGACCUGAAGCAGGAAAAUAUCAUUAACCUGUUUGAUGAAGCUGCUGCUACACCGGGCAUAAGUGUCACCUCUCCAACACAGUACGAUGCUCCAGCUACUGCAAACCUCUUAGACAUGGACAUAGACUCCCUGCCAGUGUCCAGUCCAGCUGGCUCAGCCACCACCCCUGCCGCCCAGGCAGCCACCUGGGACUCGUGGGAGCCAGAGGAAACUCCUGCACCAGAGGAGCCCCAGCAGUGGGAUGACGAUGGUAGCCAAUCGGCUCAAACCGGCUGGGACGAUGAUCCUAUCAAGAGUGCCCAAAGAGGCUGGGGCGACGAUGGUACCCAGCAGAGCUGGGGCGAUGAUGAUGGUGGGGCACAGACAGCUGAGCCGGCCAAUGAGAGUCCAGAGCCAGUGGAGAUGCCCCCAGGCUUCCUUUACAAAGUGAUGGCAAUGCAUGAUUAUACUGCAAACGAUUCAGACGAGCUGGAGAUGAAAGCCGGAGACGUCGUGCUAGUUAUGACCUACGAUAACCCUGAGGAGCAGGACGAAGGCUGGCUGAUGGGGAUAAAGCAGGCGGACUGGGUCCAGAGCAAGGAGCUGGGAACCAAAGGAGUGUUUCCCGAGAAUUUCACUCAGAAGAUGUGA